UACAGAUCUACUUCCGCUUGUGUUCCUGCUCUUUAAUCCGUUGAUGAUGGCGGUUUCUAGAGAUUGGAGAUAGUUUUCACUCUGCUGUCAUUUACUGUAAACAAUAUUCUACACGUUUCUGGACUUGUUGACGAUGGGGAUGCCGUGAGGAGCAGCAGGAUGGAAGAGAAGGCUCUGGAAGUGUACGACGUGAUCCGGUCCAUCCGGGACCCGGAGAAGCCCCAGACCCUGGAGGAGCUGGAGGUGGUGACGGAGCAGUGUGUGGAGGUGCAGGAGCUGGGAGAAGACGAGUACCUGAUCAUCAUCAAGUUCUCCCCCACCGUCCCUCACUGCUCGCUGGCCACGCUCAUCGGUCUGUGCUUACAGGUGAAGCUGCAGAGAUGUUUGCCAUUUAAACACAAGUUGGAAAUUUAUAUUUCAGAAGGAACCCAUUCUACUGAAGAGGACAUUAAUAAACAGAUCAAUGAUAAGGAGCGCGUGGCGGCCGCCAUGGAGAACCCCAACUUGAGAGAGAUUGUGGAGCAGUGCGUUACAGAACCAGACGACUGACCUGAAGUCUGAAGGUUCCUCAGCGUCUCUGGAGUUUCACGUUUGUUUUCUGAACCUCAUCAGGCAGAAGUUUGGACACUGAGGAGUUUCUGAAAACAGGAUUGAAAGUUGGAGAUGUUUGUUCUGCUUCCUGGUAACUCCGGAGGAAACGGCACCAGUGGCUUCCUGUCCUGCUUCCAUCCACACCUCCAUCACAUGAUCUGUUCUCAGCAUAGCUGUGGGAACACUUGUUUCUUUCUGUCCUUUCAUACGAGUGCACAUAAUUACUCUUUUAAAAAUGUAUGCCACCUGAAAGAAUGAAGUAUUAAAAGCUGUCACGUUUGU